CCGUCUCCCUACCCCCAGUCGAAUGAGGUGGAUUUAGGAAGAAAAGACUCGAAACCCUGGGACGUGGAGAUAACCACAGUGACAAAUAGACACAUUUGGAAAUCGUCGCACGGCUUACUUGGAUACUUUUGUUCUAUUGUGGCGAUCUUCUACGUGCGAAUUCAUAAAAACGGAAUACAACCUCACACGAACAUGCAGUAGCCUAGUGUUGGUGCGCUCUAUACAUAAGCGCGUCUGCGCGGUGCCCUUGUACAGAUUGGAAUAUUUUUUUAUACGUUUUACACUCUCGUGGGAUGCAAAAUAACGGCUCUGGAAGAGGAAACGAAAUUAUAACGAGUGCCCCGCAUCUGCCCCCCAUAAACUAACAAGUCGAAGGGGGCGGUUUUUGAACAUAUCCUUCUUUCGCCAAAGUGCCAAGCCCUCCUGCGUGAAGACCCCCCCCCCCUUCUCCUACUCGUGGGGCCUCGGCUCUGUAGCCAGGUCAAAGCUCGCCUCUGGAGCCAAGAUGGCCGCCGGCUCGCCCCCAUGCCUCUCUCUGCCGGCGCUGCUGCCUCUCAGCACCUUGCUCCUGUCCUUGCUGCUGUCCGGUUCACAUGCCUUAUCACCACCUCGGUUCACUAAAGUUCCCGUCGACCAGAUCGGCGUAUCCGGGGGCGUGGUCUCCUUCGUGUGCCAGGCGACCGGUGACCCCAAACCCCGGGUGAGCUGGAACAAGAAGGGGAAGAAGGUCAACUCCCAGCGCAUCGAGACUAUCGAGUUUGACGAGGGGGCGGGUGCCGUGCUCAGGAUCCAGCCCCUCCGCGCCCCGCGCGACGAGAACAUCUACGAGUGCGUGGCCGAGAACAGCGAGGCCGAGAUCAACGUCAACGCCAAGCUGUCCAUCAUCAGAGAGGACUUGCUUCCUGCGGGAUUCCCCAACAUAGAUAUGGGCCCCCAGCUCAAAGUGGUGGAGCGCACCAGAACUGCCACCAUGCUCUGUGCCGCCAGCGGAAACCCCGACCCAGAAAUCACCUGGUUCAAGGACUUCCUGCCCAUAGACCCCAACGCAAGUAAUGGACGAAUCAAACAGCUCCGCUCAGGUAAGAGCCUCGGUACCCCGAUCCGAGGUGCCCUGCAGAUCGAGAACAGCGAGGAGACGGACCAGGGGAAGUACGAGUGCGUGGCGUCGAACGUGGAAGGCGUCCGCUACUCCUCCCCUGCUAACCUUUACGUGCGAGUUCGGCGCGUGCCCCCCCGCUUCUCCAUUCCACCGACAAGUCACGAGAUCAUGCCCGGGGGCAGUGUGAACAUUACCUGCGUCGCCGUCGGGUCGCCCAUGCCCUACGUCAAAUGGAUGCUCAACUCGGAGGACCUGACGCCCGAAGACGAGAUGCCGGUCGGGAGGAACGUUCUGGAACUGAACAGCGUGCGGGAGUCGGCCAACUACACCUGCGUGGCCAUGAGCAGCCUGGGCAUUAUUGAGUCCGUGGCGCAGAUCACCGUCAAGUCCCUACCAAAGCCCCCGGGCACUCCCAUGGUAACGGAGACCACGGCCACCAGCGUCACCAUCACCUGGGACUCCGGCAACCCUGACCCUGUUAGUCACUACAUCAUCCAGUACCGCGCCAAGACCUCCGACAGCAAGUUCGAGACCAUGGACAGCAUCACCACCACGCGCUACAGCAUCGGGGGCCUCUACCCCAACACCGAGUACGAGAUCCGCGUCUCGGCAUUCAACACCAUCGGCCAGGGUCCCCCCAGCGAGCCGGUGGAGACCCGAACCGGGGAACAAGCCCCGGCCAGCCCGCCUCGAAACAUACAGGCCCGGAUCAUAUCCCCGAACACCAUGAUGGUGCGCUGGGACGAGCCUGAAGAGCCCAACGGCCAGAUCAAAGGGUACAGGGUGUACUACAGCAUGGACGACGCCCAGCCUAUGAGCCUGUGGCAGAUCCACAACGUCCAGGACAGCAUCAUCACCACCGUCCAGAGCCUGGUGGCCUCGGAGACCUACACCAUCAAAGUGCUGGCCUUUACCUCCGUGGGCGACGGGCCCUUCUCGGACCCCAUCCAUGUCAAAGUGCUGAUCGGAGUCCCGGGACAGCCCAACAAGUUCAUGGUGGGCGCUGUGUCCGACACGAGCAUAGAGCUCACUUGGGAACCCGCCCACGAGAAGGAGGGCAUCAUCAACUACGAACUCCGCUACAAAGAGGGCAGUUUUGGAAGUCAGAUCACCAAAACGUUCGGGCCAUCCUCCUCCUACGUGGCGGAGGGUCUCCGCGCCAACACAGAGUACUUCUUCUCACUGGCCGCCAUUUCCAACAAAGGCAUCGGAGCCUUUACCAACGAUAUAAGUCAGAAGACCCUGCAAGCCAAGCCCUCCGCCCCCCCUCAAGACAUUAAGUGCGGCGGCUCCAGCUCCACCACCCUGCUGGUAAGUUGGCGCCCCCCGCCUGUGGAGAGCCAGAACGGCGCCCUGGCGGGGUACUCGGUAGGCUACCAGGUGGUGGGCCCGGCGGAGGCCAGCGGAGGGGAGCCCAUGGAGGAGCCGGCUGUGCCCCCGUCAGAGAACAAGGUGACGCUGCAGAGGCUGGAGAAGUGGACCCAGUACCGGGUCACCGUGGCAGCCUUCACCGAGGUCGGCCCCGGCCCGGAGAGCGAGCCCAUCGUCUGCCGCACAGACGAGGAUGUUCCCGGGGCUCCUCCGCGGCGUGUGGAGGUGGAGGUCCUCAACUCCACGGCGCUCAAGGUCAUGUGGCGCUCCCUGCUGCCGGGGCGCCAACACGGCCAGAUCCGUGGCUACCAGGUGCACUACGUGCGCGUGGAGAACGGGGAAUCGCGCGGCCUGCCCCUCAUCAAGGACGUGAUGCUGGCCGACGCCCAGUGGGAAACGGACGAUACCGCUGAAUAUGAAAUGGUCAUCGGGAGGCUCCAGCCGGACACCACCUACUCCAUCACGGUGGCCGCCUACACAACCAAAGGGGACGGAGCUCGCAGCAAACCGAAACUGGUGGUGACCAAAGGGGCAGUUCCGGGUCUUCCUUAUCUGUCGGUGACUCCGGUUUCCGAGACUUCGGCCGUGGUGCGUUGGGACCCUCCGGAGGCCACGACCCCCGGGGUGGAGCUCCAGGGGUACCGGCUGCAGUUCGGCCGCAGGGACGUGUCCCCCCUGGCCACGCUGGAGUUCGCCCCCCAGGAGCGCCAGUACACGGUGGCCAGCGUCCACCGGGGCGCCGUCUACCUCUUCCGGCUCCAGGCCAAGAGCAGGGGGGGCUUCGGCGACGAGGCGUCCGUGGAGCUCAGCGUCCCCGAGAACACCCCCGGGGGCUACCCGCAGAUGAGCGAGGACUCCAACGCCACGUGCUGCUCCGUGCAGCUCUCCUGGGCGCCCCCCGUGCUGGCGGAGAGGAACGGGGCGAUCACGGAGUACACGCUGGCGUACCAGGAGGCGGGGGCGGGCGCGGCUGUGGCCCGCGAACUCAGCCUGCCGGCGAGUCAGUCCAGCUACGUGCUCGACGGCCUCCGACCCAACUCGGCGUACGACGUGAAAAUACGCGCGCACACCAGUGUAGGUCCAGGGCCCUACUGCCCUCUGGUCCAGUAUCGGACAGUGGCCUUACAAGCAGAUGUCCCCAAGAACUUCACGGUGAAGUGGGUCACCAAGUCAACCGUCUUACUGACAUGGAAGUUCACCCAGACUAAGUUCCCAUUCAAAUGCACAAUUGAGUAUAACCGUCAGAAGAUGGACGUGGACGCCAGGCUGACCAAGGCUCUGGUCUCCAACCUCCGCCCCAACACCACCUACGAGUUUGGGGUCACCUGCCAGGAGAACACGGAGGGUGGCGCCCGCCACCGCGUCAUCACCAAGACCGCGCCCGCCAUCUUGGUGAAGAAGCCCAAGCUGGACAUCUACACGGAGCCGGAACACACCCUCACCAUGGUCUUCCCUCCAGUGGAGAGCAAGGAUAUCAAAAGCUUCUACGUGGUGGUGGUCCCUCUGAAGAGAGGCAGCGGACCCGUCCGGAACCUCAAGAGCCCCGACGAAAUGGACCUGGAGGAGCUGCUGCGCGAGGCGAACCCGAAGCGACGCUCGAGGCGCCAGCUGGCCCCGCCGGACCAGAGGAAGCCCUUCAUCACGGCCUGCUUCAAGCAGCUGCCCCCCUCCUUCACGGUGGGGGCGGAGCACCGGCACAGUAGCUGCGAGAGCAAGGCCCUGGAGCCCGGCCAGGAGUACGUCUUCUUCCUGCUGGCCGAGCUCAACACCACUGCCGCGAAAGCGUUCGUGUUCCAGCCCGUACACGGACACGUACAUGAUCCCAGAGCUGGAGGGCGACCCCCUGCCCAUAGAGACCGGCGGGGACGGCCUCAUCUGGGUGUGGGGCCCGUCCUGGCCGUGGUGUUCAUCAUCUGCAUCGUCAUCGCCAUCCUGCUGUACAAGAAGUGAGUUUAGGCUUACCGCAAACGAAAAGAGUCUGAGCCGCGGACAAAAUGUCUGCUGAACAACGCGGAGAUCACGCCCCACCACCCAACUGACCCUGUCGAGAUGAGACGCAUCAACUUCCAGACCCCAG